AUGAUUUCAAUCUUGAGCGCAAGUCCCCAAGGAGAGGAACUCCAGUACCCUUCAAAGCAUGAAGCCACUGCAAUGGCUAAGAAACUAGUGGAGUAUUAUCCCAUGCUACAGGAUAAAGAUGAACCCAUCAAACAUAUGAGCAUGUACACUUAUCUUCAGAAGAGAAUUCUGAAUGUGAAAUCCCCACAGAAGAGGCAGGGGCCCAGACCAGAGAGAAGCAGUUCAACCAAAAGACGUCACAUUGACUUCUCUCCAAGUGACCAGGGAGAAGAUUAUGAUGCAGACUCAAGUGGUGGAUCAACAAUUCUUUUGCCACCUGGGAGCAGUUCUGAAGGUGACAGUUCAGUAUACCCCCACACAUCCACUCCUGUGGUGAAGAAAUCCCCAAGGAAAACCCUACAACUUCCUAGUACCCCAGAAUAUGUGAUCUACACAGACACUGAGUUGGAACUAGCUCGUAAGCACCAUUUUGAGAUGGAGGGGGGGGGAAUCUGCCAUGUCGAAAGAGCUGAGAUGCAGGCUGGUGAGGAACACUGUUACCCGCAUGAUUUCAAUCUUGAGAGCAAGUCCCCAAGGAGAGGAACUCCAGUACCCUUCAAAGCAUGA